GGCCCCGCCACUGUUGCGCCGCGGGAUAUUGACCACUUGUGGAAGUUCUCUGGCCGUUUCUUCUUCGCCCGGAAGUUCCCGUCCAACAUCAGUGAUCCAACCAGGGCGAAGUAUCGCGCCACAUUUGCCAGACCGUACUACGAGAGCAUUCAGCACGUCUUCCCACCCUGGCUGCCGACGUACAUUGCCAAAAUCAGCUUGCAGUGGCUUGAAAUAAGUGAUGCAUCUCAAGAUGACAUUAUCACCAAUCCUAUGCAGGUGUACCCAAGACUAGAGCCAAUAUCUGACUGUUGCGAGAUUCUGCACAGGAGAGAAAAUCAAGCGGUCUUCUCUUACGCGUAUAUCUUAGACUUCUCAACGGCGGGCGCCUGGUACCGGUCUCGUGUGCGCGUGACUCCACCGGUGCGCUGCUACCCCGGCGGCCACCUGCGCAGCGUGCGAGCCACCACGGACCCGCCACCCGACCGGCGCCACUUCGGCGCGCGCCUGAACGCGCCCAUACCCCACCUACCAGCCGGCGCGGCGUCGCUGCUGGUCGAGCUUUGGUUCCACGCGCCCGAACGCUGGACGGCGGCCGCGUACGAGGCGUGCGACCGCCAGCCGCACCCGGGGGCGCUGGUGUUCCCCCGGCUGAACGUGACGACGCGUACCUCUGACCCGGUCCGACUGCGGGUGCAGCUCUGGGAGGGUCACACGCUCAGAUGCUCCACGACCAAGGAGGUGCGGUGGAGCAGUCAACCGCCGGGCCCCGGCACGCCGCCCUGGGCCCGCUGGGACCUCCACAUGAGCACCAACGUCACGCUGCCCUGCGGCCACCUGGGCCCCGGCCAGCGGACCCUGCAGGUGUAUGACGACGACGCCGCCGAACCAGCCUCGUACGAGUUGGAGCUGCUCUUCGUCAGCUGGUACGUGGAGCCGGAGGGCAGCACUGCCGACUUCUGGCAGGUUGAAGAUGCCGCGCCGCUGGACGACCUGGAGCUGGCAGGGAGCCCUUUGCAACGACCCGGACCUCACCGGCAACCGGACGAGCUGUGAGACAGCGCCGACCGGAAGUGAACUUCCGCUCCAGCUGCCAGACACCGGAAGGCGUCUGCGGUCGGCCCGGAGUCUGCGCCGCCGCGACUCGCCGGGUCUGCGGCACCCGCCCGCCGGAACGUACGAUGUCAGCCGCAGAAGGGGGCUCCGCCGGGCCGCGGAGCGAAACCCGUGCCUUAGUGACGGCCUUAGCGAGGUGCGCGUGUGGUGCGUACCGCUCCGCCGGCGCGGUAAGCCAUACCUUUGUGCCUUCAUCUGCAGUGAGACGGGCGGCGGGAAGCAUGUGCCUCAGGACCGCGAGCUCUGUAUGUGGUGGUGAUGUCUCACUGCCUUUCGUCUAGUAGUCAUUGACUGUGUUGUUGCCGAAGAUAGGGACCUAUUGCCUUCGCAGGUGGAUCAGCCGAUCCGUCUCGGCUCCCAGUCGUGCAGAUCAGGCUGAAGACGCGACACUGGCAGCGACUUUAACACACUCUGAGCACAAUAACUCGAGGACUCAGCAUGUACGUCCGUCUAGUUUGAGCACUUUCCUAUUUGACCGGGCCCACAUACUGUGUUCACCUAACGCGUUUCCUUGUCCAUGGACCGGAUAGCUGAUGCUGAUGUCAAAGCAAGACGGCGGGCGGGCCGUGUGGCCGAUCUGUUCGCAGGCGUUGCUACUCGAGGACGGGUCAGAACGGGAUAUCCAUAUCAGAUCGACUGCUGUUCGUAAGCGGACGAUGGUGGCAUGCACCACGUGGGUCUUGCUGCAGUCAAAUAUUUUACCAUUUAGACUACGCGGAUGAAAGAAGACUUGAACCAUGCGUGGGCAUCAUUUGAAAACCUCGGUUCCAAAAACAUACGUAAAGUUUAUUUCAACAAGACAACGGGACAGUAAUAUAGCUAUUGGCGUGCGCCUCCCACGGGCGGUAAAAUGCGAACACCGGCAGCAAAAGCACUACAUCAUCGACAUCGCUAACAUCUGGACCAGGCGCCCAGAAAAGCAGAAUACACCUCAGAAUAAAAACAACGUAAACGCCAUCUGGGCCUCCCGCGCGCCUUACUGCUACGAGCGCUGGGGCGGCGAUGCUGCGCCGCCGCCGCAUGACUACGCCUUACAAUAUCAAGUAACGUGUCAAUAAAUUCUGGCACAGGAAGAACUACAGCUGUGAUCCGAAGUAACAACGCUGCCGGGGCCGCCGCCCCGAGCAGCCGGCCGGCGCCGCGCGGGUCACAU